AUGACGCAUCGAUACAUCGCGUACCCGGUGCAUUAUUCACCCGGUCUUCUUCAUUUCGUUCAGGACGGCUCCAUCGGACCUGCGUGUACCUUCGGCCCGUACUUGAAGCCGGCCAUUCACAACAAAGAAACUCACAGUGCAAUCGCUCUGCAACCCGACGACGGCAUUCAAAGGGUUGUAUUUCACGGCUUGUAUGAUGACUACUAUGACUGCGCCGACGAUGAUGAUGACGACGACGACAACGACCAGGAUGAGGACGAGUGCGACCUGGAUGAUGAUGCUUUGGGAUCGGCGACCCAGCGAUCGAGCUAUGAGGUUGCCAUGCUCAUGAUUGACGUAGAUCGUUCUACUCAGCGUACCCCGGAAGCCCAAAGAGAGUCCCUACGCCUUCGCGAGUUCUCAGCUGCGAUGGACGGAUCUCGCCCGGCAACUCCGCCGACCCCGAAAGAGAGUCAGGACGUGGCCCAGCUCCUCGACGAACUUCGCCAGGUCAAAGCCACAGUCGAUGCGUUACAGGAGUCGAGCGCCAAGCAAAUCGCACAGCUUGAAAAGCUGGUCAAGGAGAAGAGCCGGACCAUUCAGCAGCUCGAAGAGCAACUCGAACGUCAGAAAGAUUACGAUGACCUCAAGACACAGUUGAGGAAGCUGCACAAUGGGAGUCAACACCACCAUCAACUUCAUCAUCAAUUAACCUUAACGCAACAACACCUGCAACAGCAGCAACAGCAACAACAACAGCAGCAGCAUAUUCAUCUCGUCGCAAACGAAAUGAACCAGUUAGCUAUACUCAAUCAAAAUCAAGCUCCGGUUAAACGAGAGGACGCCGGUGGCGAGUCGCCGCGUUCGACUGACGGCAUCGAUGACGCGAAAUCCGAAGAGAACGAAAGAGGACGCUUGCAACACAACGUUGAGGCGUUUGGGUCGCUCUUGGGGGAGGAGAUUGUUUCGACAUUCUCUCGCAUGCUCAAAAGAGAAGCAUCUGAACCUGGAGUUCAAUGUGUGGGUCAAGCCAGUCCUCCCGCGACUCCUAAAUCACACGACGACAUGUCGUCAGGAACGGAAGGUUCAGGCUCUCGCUUCGGCGAAGAGCACGCUGCCAGCCUUGAGCGCCUCCAGGAGUGUCUGCGCCAGAACGUCGACAAGUAUCAGUCCGAAGCGCUCAACACGGGCCAGAUUGCCAGAUGCGUCAGAGAGCUUCUCAGUGCACACAACAUUGGGCAGAGGCUUUUUGCCAAGUACGUUCUGGGCUUGUCGCAGGGCACGGUGAGCGAACUGCUCUCCAAGCCCAAGCCAUGGGACAAGUUAACCGAGAAAGGGCGCGAUUCCUAUAGAAAAAUGCACGCCUGGGCCACCGACGAGAACUGCAUCAUGAUUUUGAAGGCACUUGUACCACGCAAGGGUUCAAAGGAGACGCCAUCGACCCCGGUCGGCGCUUUCCGCCAUGAAGACCUUGCCGAAGAUCGGAUUGUCCAGAUUCUCUCCGAGGCCCAGCAAGCGAUGAUUACGCCGAUGACGCCGAAGAAGGAAGAGCCCGAUUCCGACACAGCCGAUAGUCCUCAGAAUCUCAGUAAGAAGAAAGAAGACAAGGAUCAGGCAGGAAUCGAUCUUCCACACGAGUUCCUCGCUCGAAUCUACCAGGAGGAACUCGCCAAGCUGAUGGGCCAGCGAGUCGAAGAGAGUUUCCGCAAUCCCGCCUCGGCGUAUGAUCGUUCUCAGGACGACAUCCGACAGGCGCUCUCGAUUUAUCAUCAAGAGAUUUCGAGAUUGUCGCAAUUGGCCCUGACGCCCGGACACGACCUGGCUCGAUUCAGCGCAGCUUUACCCGGUGCCUUGUUCAACGGCAUCAAUCUGCAGGCGAUGGCUGAUCCGCGAGGACGCGAAGCCCUUGAGCGUCAGCAGAGCGCCUUCUCGAUGGUUCAGGCUGCCCAGCAGGUCCAGCAGCAGCAACAACAACAACAUCACCAACAGCAGCAGCAACAACAACACCAGCAGCAGCAACAUCAACAGCAAGCCAGAAAAUAUCCGGCGCAAAGCCCGCCCGCUGUUCUGAACGUGACCAACGAUAGCGAGGAAAGCAAUCCCCUGCAACGGAUGCAGAGCAUCACGAAUUCGCUCCUGACGCAAUCUGCCAUGCCGAGUCUGGCGACGCCGAGUCCACGCCAGGCGAAGGCCGUGUUGCCCCCGAUCACGCAGCAACAGUUCGACAAGUACAACAAUCUGAACACCGAAGAUAUCGUCAAGAAGGUCAAAGAGCAGCUUUCUCAAUACAGCAUUUCGCAGCGGCUCUUUGGCGAAAGUGUAUUGGGACUCUCCCAGGGCUCCGUUUCGGACCUGCUCGCGAGGCCGAAGCCGUGGCACAUGCUCACUCAGAAGGGCCGAGAGCCUUUCAUCCGCAUGAAGAUCUUCCUCGAGGACGAACAGGCCGUUCACAAACUGGUGGCCUCUCAGUAUAAGAUCGCUCCGGAAAAGUUGAUGCGGACCGCCGGCUUCACGGCGGCCGCCAUGAACAAAGUUACGCCUGUUCGACACCACCAGUUCGAUGCGACGAAAAACUCGUCGAUCGAAUCACUCCAAGCCGCCAUGAAAGAACAAGUUCAUCUAAAUCUCACCCCACCCGCAGCCCUCGCAGCUCUCCAGCGACAGUUACCUCCUCUGGCGACACAUUCACCUUCGCCGACGCCGAUCGCAGCGAUUACGGCGGCAAACGCGCCUUCACCGAACAACAAUAACACGAAUAGCCCAAAAAACCCAGCGGCAAUCAGCAACAGUAGAUCGCCGUACAUGCAGCCUUCCGUUUACGAGAUGGCUGCUUUGACAACCGAUCUGGACACGCAGGUCAUCACGGCCCGUAUCAAGGAAACACUCAUGGCGCACAACAUUGGCCAAAAGAUCUUUGGAGAAGCGGUGCUGGGCCUAUCGCAGGGGUCAGUGAGCGAACUGCUGUCCAAACCAAAGCCGUGGCACAUGCUGUCGAUUAAGGGCCGGGAGCCCUUCAUUCGCAUGCAGUUGUGGUUGAGCGACCCGCACAAUGUGGACAAACUUCAGGCGCUGAAAAACGAGCGUCGUGAGGAUCUCAGACUAUUUGCAGCUAACAAACGGCGUCGAGGACUCGAAGUCGACUUCCCUCGGAUGGAACUGGCUGGUUUUCCGUUCCCUUCGCCGAACUCUCCAUUCCCGGCGGCGAAGAAGCCGCGAGUUCUGUUCUCCGACGAACAGAAGGAAGCUCUCCGACUCGCCUUCUCAAUGGACCCCUAUCCGAAUCAAGCGACGAUCGAGUUUCUCGCCAACGAGCUCAAUCUGUCCGUGCGUACGAUCACCAAUUGGUUCCACAACCACCGCAUGCGGCUGAAGCAGCACUGCUCGCCAAACCCCGAGGACCCUCGCCCUCCAGAGCUCAACCCUGCAAUGCGCGACCAAGGAAACAACUUUGACCCAGUCGCCUUCAGAUCGGCCCUCGUUCAGCGUCUACGCGACAUCCAGAACGGGGAUCGUUCGGCGUCGCGAAAUUCGACGCCACCCGCGAUCUCCUACAACAACAGCUAUUCGCCUUCGUCGACGAACGACGAAGGAACCCUAGACCUCUCGAUGGCGACCGGUCACGGCAAGAGUGACAACGAGGACAGCCAAGAGCCGACCGCGACCGAAGGUAGCGAUCGGGAUUCGCUCGACGGAGCCACCCAGACCAACAACAAAUCUUCAUCGUCUCGAAGGAAGCCAGCAAUGCCAAAGUGGAUCGAUCCUGGUCUCAACGACUGCGAGCACGACGAACCCGAACAGGAGCUCAUCAUCAAUGGCGUUUGCAGAUUGAACAGCUCUGAUUUACGUGCAAAGACUGACUGUGAUGAGUCGAUAGUCCGUAUCGAACCGGUCGCAGCCCCUGACGACCUCAGCAAAAAACGGCAAGAAAGCAACAAUAACACCGACGAUAUUCACGGGCUCACCGGUGCAGCGUCAGACGAUGAAUUUUGA